CCGUGGAACGUUGUUGUUGUUGUUGUGGUGGUGGGGAGGCUCGAGCCUCUCUCGGCUGGCUGACGGUUUCAACUCCCCCCCCCAACCUCUCCCGCCGGUUUCGGUUGGGUGUUUUAGGCCUUCGCCAUGGUGUGCGAGAAGUGUGAAAGAAAACUUGGUACAGUAAUUACACCUGAUACCUGGAAAGAUGGUGCAAGAAACACAACAGAAAGUGGUGGGAGAAAAUUAAAUGAAAACAAGGCAUUGACAUCAAAAAAGGCAAGAUUUGAUCCUUACGGCAAAAACAAAUUUGCAAUAUGCCGGAUUUGUAAAAGUUCAGUUCAUCAGCCAGGCUCUCAUUACUGCCAAGGAUGUGCAUACAAAAAAGGUAUCUGUGCAAUGUGUGGAAAGAAAGUCUUGGAUACAAAAAACUACAAGCAAACAUCAGUUUAAUUAUUGUGAUUUUUUUUAAAUUGACCCACUUUGAACUUUGAAGCAAUUGCUAAACAUCAUCAUUACUGAUAAUACAAUGACAGACUUCUAGAGAACUUGCAUGGGAUAAUUGUGCUAUCUUAGAUCUAAGUUUUAAUCUGCAUUAAUGGCUAUAUUUAUUUGGAGUAAGAAAUAUUUGUUCACCAUAAUUAUUUUAGAAAAACUUAAAAGUAUAGCAGAUAAUUUAACUUUCCUAACAACUAAGCUACUCUUACAUCAAGGAUUACUGAACAUACCAACAAACUCUCAAUAAAAUUGGCAUAUGAUGAUUUAUAGGAUAGUUGAAUAUUUAAUACUAUGUAAUUUUGGCAAUCCAACUACAGCAAUAGGCAGUUCUUCCAUUCAUUUGUGUUACAUACUUAGAAUUGUUUGCAACAAAGGCUUUCAAUGCAUCUGGCAAAUAACAGUACAUGAGCAUUGAAUGUCAUUCUGCUGGAUUGGUUGCACAUAAAUACUGUACCUUGGUUGAUAACUGUUUUUACUUAAAUUGAUAUCAUUUUUAAUGUUAAAUUUUUAGUGGCUUAAAUUUAAGAUAGCGUUAAUAUUUUUAAAAUAAAUAUCUAGCUUGAUUGUGUACAAUUAGUAUAGAGGUAUUACUUGUUAAAGAGAAAGAAUGCAGAGUUCCUAAUUUGUUGUGCUCGUAUUUUGGAUUUUAUUUUGUUAGUCUCUCAUACGCAUUUCUACAAUAUUUGAUGGUUAAUAUGUUGUUUGUGCAUUUUUAUCUGUGUUACAAAAAACAAGCAACAGUUUUUAAUUGGAGAGGGAAUUACAUUGGCCUGUGGACUACAUGACUGAACUGGAUAGAGUUGUAUCGGUUUGAUUCUUUUCUGCCAAAUUGUAGAUGUAAUGUCAGAAUUUUAAAGAAAUGAUUAAAAAGGGGUAAUCAUAAUUCCAGUCAUGUUUAAUUAAUAACUUUUAUGAAGUUGAAAAUUUUAUUGUGAUAGUAUUCAGUUUGAUUGUUUUGAGGCUCUAUCCUAGUGCCCAUAUCUGGCUUUUAAUUUUCACAAACACCAAUGGCUCUGAGGCCAACAAAAUGCUACUUUGAGUUGAGUAUCUUAAAAAUGGAUAAGCCAUAUGAAUACUCUAUUUCACUUUGAUCCCAAUAACUGCACCAUAGGAUAUAAUUGUCAAUCAUAAUGUGAUAAAAUAUCCCCCACACACCCAUAUGAGCUGCAUUCAAUACCAAACCUAUGGGAUUCCCUCAUCCCCAACCAAUACAUUGUAAGAAAAUAUUUACAGCAAGCAGAAUUGACUCUGAAUAGCAAUAGGGGGAAGAAUUAGACAGUAAACCAAAUUGUUUAUUUUUACAGACAAUAUCUCAAAAAUAGUAUAGCCAGCGUACCAAUCUAGUAAGAAGUGAUAAAUGUUACAAAGAUGGGUUCAUUAAACAUUCCAGUAUCAUUUUAUUUAUUUGUAUCCCACCUUUAUUAUUCAUUUUAGAAAUAACUCAAGGUGGAGAACAUAUCCAACACACCUCCCUUCUCCUGUUUUCCCCACAGCAGCCACCCUGUGAGGUUUGUUGGCUGAGAAAAAAUGCCUGACCCAAAGUCACCUACCCAAUUUAUCCUGUGCCUUUUUCAAUUUUCCUUGUCUUUGAAAUGUAAGAAGCCAAAAGCAUAUAGGCUUUUGGUCAAGGCUGCCCAACUGGGACAUGAGUCCAAUGUAUAUUAUUUUACUGUUUUUAUGCUAAUAAAUUUAUAUUGUAUCUUC